CCUCCCCCUGGAUUGGAGUGCGCCGCACUCGGAGCGUUACGGCGCGGCGCGGCCGUGCCCGCAGCGCGGAGCUGUCCGCGGUGCUGACCGCCGCCGGCCAUGGGCUCCCCGCCGCCCGCGCUGCUGCUGCCGCUCCUCGCCGCGCUGCUGCUCUCACCGGCACACGGCUUCAACGGGCUGGCGAGGAAGGCUGGGGAGAGCGCUGAGGCCGAGGGGGAGCCAACAGCACUGCCCACACCGGCGGAGAGGGAGGCAGAGGCUCACUUCGUAAGCACGGCACCCACACUGAAGCUCCUCAACCACCACCCGCUGCUGGAGGACCUUCUGCACGAAGCCUUCCUGAAGAAGGACUACCUGGCCAAGGCGCCUUUCCUGCCUGCUGGCCCUGGCCCCCUCCUGCCUGCUGAUGCCCUCCAGCCGGACCCCGGACCCCCAGCUCCGGAGCCCCCACCUCGCACCCCUGCCCUUCCCAGGGUCGCCUUCCCCACCGACCCGCUGACCACGCCGGCGGGGCGCCCGGGGCCAUGGGGGGAGGCGUGGGGGGCUGUGCCGGCUGCCGACCCCUCGUGGUCUCCCGCCUCAGUGACGAAGGUGAGCCCCACGUCCCCUAGCCAGGCACCCACCACCCCCAACGCAUCCCUGGGACCCCACGCUGAGGCCACCACGGUCACCAGGGAUGAGGAGGGGACCACCACCACCUCCACCAUCACCACCACCACCAUCACCACGCUGCAGGGGCCAGCCCCCUGCAACCGGACGCUGGCGGGCCCCGAGGGGUGGCUGGUGUCCCCGGAGCCAGCCAGUGUCCCCUAUGAAGGCAGCCUGGAUUGCACCUACACCGUCUCCGUCUACCCUGGCUAUGGCGUGGAGCUCAAGGUGCACAACAUCAGCCUGGUGGAUGGGGAGACGCUGACGGUGGAGAGCGCAGGGGGCUUGGAGCCCACCCUCCUGGCCAACGAAUCCUUCCUGCUGCGGGGUCAGGUCAUCCGCAGCCCUGCCAACCUCUUGACCCUCCGCUUCCAGAGCCCCCGGCCCCCUAACCAUGGAUCUUACCGCUUCCGCUACCAAGCCUACCUGUUGAGUUGCCCCUUCCCGGCGCGGCCGGCAUUUGGCGAGGUGUCGGUCAGCAGCUUGCAUCCCGGUGGGGACGCCCACUUCCGCUGCGCUGCUGGGUACCAGCUGCAAGGUGCCCACCAGCUCAUCUGCCGCAACGCCACCCGGCCCUUCUGGAGCACCCGCGAGCCCCACUGCCUCGCGGCAUGUGGCGGGGUGAUACGGAACGCCACGGUGGGACGCAUCAUUUCACCUGGCUUCCCCGGGAACUACAGCAACAACCUGACGUGCCACUGGCUGCUGGAGGCACCCACCGGCCACCGCCUGCACCUCCACUUCGAGAAGGUCUCGUUGGCCGAGGACGACGACAGCAGGCUCAUCAUCCGCAACGGCAACAAUGUUGAGGCGCCACCGGUGUACGACUCCUAUGAGGUGGAGUACCUGCCCAUCGAGGGGCUACUCAGCACUGGGAGACACUUCUUCGUGGAGCUCACCACCGACAGCAGUGGGGCCGCCGCGGGCAUGGCGCUGCGCUAUGAGGCCUUCGAGCAGGGACAUUGUUAUGAGCCCUUCGUCAAGUAUGGGAACUUCACGGCCAGCGACCCCCGGUACCCCGUGGGCACCACGGUGGAGUUCAGCUGUGACCCUGGCUACACGCUGGAGCAGGGCUCCACCAUCAUCGAGUGCGUCGACCCCAGUGACCCGCAGUGGAAUGAGACGGAGCCAGCGUGCCGUGCGGUGUGCAGCGGUGAGCUGACGGAUGUGGCCGGCGUGGUGCUGUCACCCAACUGGCCGGAGGCGUAUGGCAAGGGCCAGGACUGCAUCUGGGGGCUACACGUGGAGGAAGACAAGCGCAUCAUGCUGGACAUCCGUGUGCUCCGGCUGGGCACAGGGGAUGUGCUGACCUUCUACGAUGGGGACGACCUGACAGCACGCAUCCUGGGCCAGUACACGGGCGCCCGCGGCCGCUUCAAGCUCUACGCCUCCAGCGCUGACGUCACCGUCCAGUUCCAGUCUGACCCUGGCGCUGGUGCCUUCGCCUAUCGGCAAGGCUUUGUCAUCCACUUCUCCGAGGUCCCCCGUAACGACACCUGCCCUGAGCUGCCAGACAUCGCCAAUGGCUGGAAGACCUCCUCGCAGCCGGAGCUGCUCCAUGGCACCGUGGUCACCUACCAUUGCUACCCCGGUUUCCAGCUGACCGGCACCGACCUCCUGAUGUGCCACUGGGACCUGACAUGGAGUGGUGACCUGCCCUCCUGCGAGCGGGUGACCACCUGCCGGGACCCCGGGGAUGCCGAGCACAGCCGCAGGGUGGUCUCCAGCCCCAAAUUCCCAGUGGGAGGCACCGUGCAGUAUAUCUGUGACAAAGGCUACGUCCUGGCGGGUGCCGGGACCCUCACCUGCCACGACCGCGCCGCGGGGGGACCCAAGUGGAGCGACCGUCUCCCCAAGUGCAUCCCGGAGACGUACGAGCCUUGUCACAACCCCGGCGUGCCAGCGGGCGGGCGGCAGAGCCCCGAGCGGCGAUUGUACCCAGCGGGAACCACCUUACGCUUCUCCUGCACCGCCGGCCGGGCGCUGCUGGGCGAGGGCAGCCUGCGCUGCCUGCCCGGGCACCCCUCGCGCUGGAGCGGCUCACCCCCCAUCUGCAAGGCGGCCUCCUACGAUGAGUUUUACAGCAACCGCAACCUGGAUGCCGUGGCCAAGGCUGUGCCCUCAGGGACAGCACUGGAGGGCACCAACGUGGCCAUCGCAGUCUUCCUGCCCGUGUUGGUGGUGGCUCUGCUCAUCGGGGGCAUUUAUCUCUACUUCUCCAAGCUCCAGGGGAAGCCGGCCCUGCAGCUGCCCCUCGCUGGCUCCCACCCCUACGACCACAUCACCGUGGAGUCGGCUUUUGACAACCCCACCUAUGAGACAGGAUCUGUUUUCUUUGCAGGACACGAGGGAAUAUGAGGUGUCCAUCUAGGCAUGGGAGAAGCUGGGCACCACAGCCACCCUUCGGGGGCCCCCCGUGCCCCCUGGCCCCCAGCAUGGGCCGGGCACCUCUCUGCCAAGGAGACUCAAGCCGAGCGCUCGAUGGGACCCACCCGGGCACAGGCCACCCCCCUGCCACCCCAACCCCCCCGGCCCCCUGUGGGGUCUGCCCAAGCACCCCCAUAGCACCCACUCCCACCCUGGGCUGUCGGGGUGCUGAGCUAGCGGGGUCCCCAUCCUGCCCCCCCCAAGGGACACAGCAGCCCCUGCAAUGGAGGGGGGGACACGGGGGACCCCCCCAGGUAAGGACGGGGCUGCAAUGGGGAGGCAGCAAAGCCCUGGGAGGAGGUGGCGAGGGGUCUGGGGGGCCAUGGGGGUGCCCACCCUCUAGCACAGGGCUUCACCCCCCAGCACCCCUGUGUCCCCCCACUGCCACUCAAGGACGCGUGUCCCCCCCUGUGCCCCGAGCAUGCUGCGUGUCCCCCCGCUUGCUUUGUCCUCCCUGGGGUGACGCCUUUGUCUCCCCCCUUCCUCCUGGCACCCCAGCAGGGUGGGUGACAGCAGGGAGGGGACAGGGGGGCACCAGCCACAGUUCUGCACCCCCUCUUUGCCCUGUCCCACCCUGGGCUGGUGGCCCUGGCCGUAACCCCCAUCUGGAGGAGUGUCAUUCCCCCCCCCAAGAUGGGGUGUCCGCCUCCCAAGAGGUGACCCCUCCCCGUAUGGAGGGGGUUCCCCCCCCAAAAGAGGGGCGUCCCCCACCCCAAGAGGUGCC